AUGAAAGCACGUGAUCUCUGUGUACUUCCGGUUGGGGUUCUCGGCUGUGUGAUAAGAAGCAGGAUCAGAGCUGAGCGCUAUGAAGUGAAGUCAUGGGGCUGGUUUUGUUUUGCUGGGUCGCUUCGCUUUUUUACCAGCAGAUUGGUGCUGCACCAAGAAAUGAGGGCUUUAGACAGAGACCCCUACUGGAUAUAAGUAAAUUCUGGCAUAUCUCAGACCUGCACAUCGAUCCUACCUACCAUGUCACAGAAGAUCGCACCAAAGUGUGUUACUCCUCAAAGGGCUUCCCUGCAUCCGACCCAGGAAUUUUUGGAGAUUUCAUGUGCGAUUCUCCUUACGAGCUAAUUCUGUCUGCCUUCAGCUAUAUGAACAUCGUGGACCUUGAGCCUGAAUUUAUGAUCUGGACUGGAGACAGCCCUCCACAUGUUCCAGUAGAUAAGCUGUCCACAGACACUGUGAUAAAUAUGAUCAGCAAUAUGACGCACACCAUACGCCAGUUCUUCCCUCAGCUGCCAGUGUACCCUGCCCUGGGCAACCACGACUACUGGCCACAGGAUCAACUUCCAGUGAAUGAAAAUGACAUUUACGAGGCUGUAGCCAGACUUUGGUCUCCAUGGCUACAACCAGAAGCCCUUGUGACUCUACGUAAAGGGGGCUUUUACUCUCAGCUGAUUAAGCCUGGACUCCGGCUGGUGAGCCUGAACACAAACCUUUACUACAGUCCCAACAAAGUAACGGUGAACAUGUCUGACCCAGCUGGCCAGUAUCAGUGGCUGCAGGACACGCUGGAGCUUUCCAGACAGAACAUGGAGAGGGUCUAUGUGAUUGCUCAUGUCCCAAUUGGUUACCUGCCCUAUGCUAAAAACACCACAGCAAUGAGGGAGGGUGACAAUGAAAGACUUGUGGACAUAUUCCGCAACUACAGCGACAUUAUUCAGGGACAGUUUUAUGGUCACACUCAUCGAGACAGCGUGAUGGUUCUUCUGGAUCGUAAAGGGAAGCCUGUUAACUCCGUCUUUGUGACGCCGGCUGUGACCCCAUACAGAAAUUUUCUAGAGCAAUAUUCGAAUAACCCUGGCAUCCGCAUGUACCUGUACAACUCCCAGGACUACGGCUUACAGGAUCUUUGGCAGUUCUACUUGAAUCUAACUGAAGCAAAUCAGGAAGAAAAGCCCAAUUGGAGACUUGAAUACAUUAUGACCAAAGCUUUUGGUAUCAAGGACAUUCAGCCAGAAAGCCUGCAUGAACUCGCACUAAAGUUCGAAGCGCCAGAAAGCAAAGAAUUCCAGAAGUACUUCACUUAUUUCAUGGUCAGUUACAACGACACUAUCACUUGUACAGAGGAGUGUAAAACAGUACAGGUCUGUUCUGUACACUUUUUGGACCACAAGUCCUAUUCAGAGUGUGUGCAAAAGCUCAAAGGUGGUGAAUUUUAAUAAAAGGGGGUAAAUAAAGGGAAUAUGCAAUAAAGGGAAUAAAUCUUAGCUUUUCUGCCAGUAAAAGAAGUGAAUCUUUUAGUUUACGGGUAUUCUUUUAAAACAAAGGGAAAAUACAGAAAGCACAAGUGUUACAUUGUAGGAUUUAUUACUCUUACUGGCAGCUAAAGACUAGAACCAAACCAUAUACGUGACUGGGUAUGUUCUUGCUCUGCUGACUCAACAUGGUCAUUUAAUCAAAUAUUUCUUCUAACUUUACACAGGUUUUUAAUUCUGUUUGAUUUUUCUAGAAAUAAGAAAUUAUUGCUGUGAAUCUUUUCAUUUUUUUUCUGAUUGUUUCUUUUAAAGGAUUAGCAUUGUCAAAAAAAUGCAUGGCUUAUUUAAAAUUAAAUUACAUAAAAACAUAAUUUAAUUUUGAAUAAAGCUGUGCAUGUUUAUUAAAAGGGAUUUGCAUUGUUUAAUCAAAAUUACAUCAUAUUUUUAUAUAAUUUAUAUGAAGGGUAUUAUUAUAUUUUCAGGGAAGUGCUUAAUUUUAUGGACAUUAUUGAGGCAAAUGAUUAAUUUUAUGCAGAUUUAUUGUACAAUAGGGCCAUCAAUGUACAAUAAAGACAUGACUGUUAAA